AUGACAACUAAACUGGGAACGACCAACCCAGCCAUUCUAUCUAGUGGAAAAACAUAUCAAUGUUCACUCUAUGGAGAGUUGCCUCACACGGGGCUGGGAAAACUACUGGAGCGUUUAGUUGGUCUUUGUGGAGAAACCAAACAUCUUGGUCUCGCUCGAUUCUGUGAACAUCAAAUAGCAUUUGUACCAGCAGUUCAAACACCAUUUGGACCACCAAGAAACGACGAUAUUCUUUUGCGGCUUCAUUCCAACGUAUUAGAUGCCGAAUCCAACUUUAUUCAUUUCCUUGAUCGUGAAUGGACGUUGUUACAUCUAUCGCCAGCCGAACCACCCAAAGCGGGUCAAAAACUAGCCAACCAUCGUGCCAUUCACCAUACACGUAUCACGGGAGAUGUAAUCAAGUACAUUGAAAUGCUAGGAUACAAAUUUGAAUUUGAAGUGGUUAGACGAGGAUUUACAUUUCAGUUUGGACAAGUCCGGAUUGAUAUUUUUAGAUUGUACCAGAUUCAGGACCAAUUUCGAGUGAGUUCUGCGAUACCAGUUGUGUCAAAUUCCACUACUUGGAUAGUUCAAGUCACAUCGCCCAUUCUGGGUCAGGAACACGUAGUCCACAUGAGCGACAAUUUGUUUCAGUUUGCAGCACAUUUGUCAGGGUAA